AUGAAAGCCCUCUUCCUCUUCUCCCUCACUUUAGCUUCCACAUUGUUUUUCUCCACCUCCCCCUUCUCCCAUGAAGCAUCAGAAGCUUCCCUGAAAACCGACUUGGAAACCUACAUUGUGUUUUUAGAGAAACCAGAAGGCCUACUAGAAUCCAACCUACAUGAGUGGUACACCACAUUCCUCUCAGAAACUACUUCAAGCUUAAUUCCAAGCCACCAAAGGAUCGUCCACUCCUACCGCAAUGUGAUCACAGGCUUUGCUGCUAAGCUCACCCCGCACGAGGCCAAAGCAAUGGAACAAAAGGAAGGCUUUAUUUCGGCCAGAGUCGAGCGACCUGUAUCCUUCCACACAACCUUCACUCCCAAGUUCCUUGGCCUGCAACAGAAUGAAGGAGCUUGGAAGUCCACGCAUUCCGGCAAGGGAGUGAUCAUUGGCCUGAUUGACUCGGGUAUAAAGCACGAUCACCCUUCUUUCUUCGACAAAGGCAUGCCUCCCCCGCCAGCCAAGUGGAGAGGCAGGUGUGACUUCAACGGCAAGCAAACAUGUAAUAACAAGCUCCUCGGUGCUAGAAGCUUCUUAGGGGCCGGGGAUACCCCAGUGGAGAAGGAUCUCCAUGGGAGUCAUACUGCGUCGGAAGCUGCAGGGAGCCCUGUAGAGGGUGCCAAUGUGUUUGGACAAGCGAACGGGACAGCCAUGGGGAUCGCCCCGAAAGCCCACUUGGCAAUGUACAAGGUCGAUGAAACUGAUAGUAGCGUAUUAGCAGCUAUUGAUGCAGCUAUUGAGGAUGGCGUUGAUGUGCUUUCAAUCUCAAUGGGUAACUUAGUUCAUUAUCCUUUCUUCGAUGAUGUGUUUGUAUUGGGAGCAUUUAGAGCCAUCCAGAAGGGUAUCUUUGUGAGCUGCUCUGCUGGAAAUGGUGGACCCUUACCGAGUUCAGUAACCAACUCAGCGCCAUGGAUUCUAACCGUCGGAGCAAGUACGAUCGAUAGGGAGAUCAGGGCGACGGUGACGUUGGGGAACAAUGUGGAGCUCCAUGGCCAAUCCCUCUUCCAGCCUACGAACUUCCAUCCAAAGCAGCUGCCCAUUGUGGACCCUUCUACCUACAGUGCAUCAGCAGCAUUUUGUUGGGAAGGGUCACUGAAGAACAUUGACGUGAAGGGCAAGAUAGUCAUAUGCCAGGUGGUAUCGACGGCUCUGAUAACUGCCCAGGGGCAAGAAGUGAAGGACAACGGAGGAGCAGGCGUGAUCUUGAUCAACCGUGCGGAAGAUGGCGACACUACUAGUCCUGAACCUCAUGUACUCCCUGCAUCGAACCUCGGUUACAAGGACGGAUUGCGCGUCCUCGAUUACUUGAACUCGACGUCAUCCCCAACUGCAGCAAUCUCAUUCCAAGGUACCUUGAUUGGCAAGUCGAAAAUCGCUCCACAAGUCGCCUCCUUCUCCUCCAGAGGUCCCAACCUGCAAUCUCCCGGGAUCCUGAAGCCGGACAUCAUCGGCCCCGGGGUCAACAUUCUGGCUGCUUGGGGGGAACCAGUCGACAAUGCUACAACCCCAUUCAACGUGGUAUCAGGAACUUCAAUGUCUUGCCCACAUCUGAGUGGAGUUGCAGCUCUGAUCAAGAGUGCUCAUCCCAAUUGGUCCCCUGCAGCCAUAAAGUCGGCCAUUUUGACCACAGCUUACACCUACGAUCUCGAUUACAACCCGAUCUCCACCGAGCAGAAUGUUCCAGCCACGGUCUUUGACAUGGGUUCGGGCCAUGUGGACCCAACCAAGGCACUGAACCCGGGGCUGGUCUACGAUAUCGAGCCGGAUGACUUCGUUCCUUACCUAUGUGGGUUGGGUUAUGACGACAAGCAAGUGAGAAUGAUCGUGCAGCGGAAGGUGAACUGCUCGAGUACUGGGUCUUCGAUACCGGAGGCUCAGCUGAACUACCCGACAUUCUCCAUCUCGCUGGGUGCUGGCGAGCAGAAGAAGACGUACACUCGAACGGUUACUAAUGUUGGCCGGCCUAACUCGAGGUACAUGAGCGUGGCUGGUUCGUGGAAAGGGAUUCUCGACGUUGAAGUCGCGCCUAGGGAGAUGUCGUUCAAGGAGGUGGGAGAGAAAGCGAGUUACUCUGUUACGUUUACCAGGUUGGGGAAUGUGACAGCAAGUGACAGUACUGCUGUUCAUCAAGGUUACUUGGUUUGGGCUGGUCAUGAUGAUGAUGGUAGAAAACUAAACACAGACAUGAAAGAAAUCCCCAUACAGAAGAACAAAUCCUACACUACUGGACAUGAACAAAUCCUACAUAACUUAGCACGGAAGCUUAACUCAGAUGGGAACGUGGAUGCACAGCAGAUCCUGCAUAAUCUUGAGCAAGGGGCUGUUGGCAGUGCCCAGAAUAAUCCACAGGUUGGUCAUGGAGGAUGGGCACGUCCUUCGACAGAACAUCCGAAGCCGAUGAUUGGACGGUUGGUUGUAAGCCACCCGGCAGAGGGAAGGCGAAUCGUGCAGAUGCCAGAGACAAGCAUCACCAUUCUUCUGGAUGUGGAGGAAGAGGUUAUGCUUCUUGAUGACACGCCAGAUGAAGAAAAGACAAUAAUCUCCAUACUGCUGCUUAAACUUGUACUUGCGCUGCAAUCUUAAGUAUAUGUUCCACUAUAGUCUAUAUGAACAUAAUAUCUGAUUCCACACAUGGUUGAGUG